UAGCCAUUGAUCUUUUCAAUCGAAAAAAGCCGAUUGAAACCAUGGCGCGGUCGGGACUCGGGUUGGUCGACGAUUGGUGAACGAAUAAUUUGUAGAGUAGAGGGAAGGAAAAAGCAAAAUGGCAAAAUGGUGUUGAAGUCGUUUAAAAGUUUACGAAAAAAGAUGGACAUCGGUAAAGCAGCGGCGUGGUCUGCCGGAGCCGGCUCGUGCUGAGGCGCGGCGCGAUGGCGGGCGAGUUCGUCGAGGGCUGGCUGGUGGCGCAGGUGCUGGGCGAGGGCGCCUACGGAGAGGUGCGGCUGCUGGUGCACUCGGUGUCGGGCGCGUGCGUGGCGCUGAAGGCGGUGCGCGCCGAGGCGGCGGGCGAGGCGCGCGAGGCGGCGCUGCACCGCGCGCUGCGCCACCCGCACGUGCUGCGCUGCCUGGGCGCGCGGCGCCACGGCGCGCUGCACUACCUGUUCCUGGAGUACGCGCAGGGCGGCGAGCUAUUCGACCGCAUCGAGCCCGACCGCGGCAUGGCGCCGCCGCGCGCGCGCCGCUACGCGCGCCAGCUGCUGGCCGGCCUGCGCUACCUGCACGCGCGCGGCGUGGCGCACCGCGAUCUCAAGCCCGAGAACCUGCUGCUCGACCACCGCGACCGGCUCAAGAUCUCCGACUUCGGGAUGGCGACGCUGUUCCGCGUGGGCGCGCGCGAGCGGCUGCUGGCGCGCGUGUGCGGCACGCUGCCCUACGCCGCGCCCGAGGUGCUGACGGCGCCGCGUGCGCCCUACCGCGCGCCGCCCGCCGACGUGUGGAGCGCCGCGCUCGUGCUGCUCGCGAUGCUCGCCGGCGAACUGCCGUGGGAGCGCGCGAGCGAGGACGACGCGCGCUACGCGGCGUGGACCGCGCGCGGCGGCGACGGCGCGGCCGUGUGGCGCAAGGCGGGCGGCGCGCUGCCGGCGCUGCGCCGCGCGCUGUGCGCCGACCCCGCGCGCCGCGCCACGCUCGACGAGCUGCUCGCCGACCGCUGGCUGGCUUGCGCCGACGACGAGAGCUCGGGCUCGCGGCGCGCGUGGAGCUCGCAGCCGCUGCCGGGCGCGGCGCCGGCGCGCGCGCUCACGGCGGCCGACAUGGACGCCAUGCUGAGCUCGUCGCAGCCCGCCACCGCCGACGACCUGCUGCUGGCCACGCCCGCGCACUCGCCCGACCAGGUACGUACGCCGGGCGGCGCGCUGGCCAUCGAGUGCGGCGGCGGCGUGGAGAUGCGCGCGCGCGCGCUGCCCGUGGCGGGCGGCGCGGGCGGCGCGCGCUCGCUGCUGGAGUUCCGGCGCUCGCGCGGCUGCGGGCUCGCCUUCAAGCGGCGCUACGUGCGCCUGCGCGACGCGCUGCUGGCCGCCGCGCCGGCCGCGCCGCCGCCGCCCGGCGCCGAGCCCAUGGACGCCGAGCCGGAACCACUUCAGCGUCCAAAUGAAAUGGACCUAAUGUUGUAGUGCUCGAAUUCCACUUUAUUUUGACGACGUAUUGUGUUGGAAUUCCAUCGACGCUUCGGCAUCCACAUGCUGAUGGAGGUUGCGCUGACUAGACUGAUCUACACCUCCUGCUUACAAUUAGUUACUAUUAACUCGGGUUAACUGCCCCGCCUCAAUUAUUGUGAUCAAUAGUUUUAAGUACAUAUUAUUUGUAUAAUAUUUUUGUAAUGAACUGUGUAAUGCGAUUGUUUCGAAAAUGAAUGUCAUUUUAAAAUAAGAUAACCUAUUGUUUGAUUGAUGAUUUAAAGUUGAUAUUAAUUAUUAUAAAAGGAAAAAUAUUAUUUCAAGUAAAUUAUAUCUUAAUACA